AUCUGAAUCUUCUAAGAGAACUAUGGGAUGGCAUUCUAUGGAUCAGCCCGACGGAUUGUCGGUGAUCUUUCACUUCCAGAUUCAACUAUCUUUGCAAAUCUUUUACAGUCUUGUCUCAAAUCCAAAUCCUUACGAGAUACUUCUAGGGUCCAUGCACGUCUUAUAAAAUCCCCAUUCGCUUCCGAAAUAUUCAUUCAAAACAGGCUGAUUGAUGUUUAUGCAAAAUGUGGAUGUUUAAAUGACGCCCAGAAACUGUUUGAUAGGAUGCCGCACAAGAACACCUUUUCAUGGAAUUCAAUAAUAUGUGGUUUGACUAAGUCAGGUUUCAUCAAUGAAGCGGCUCGUCUCUUUGGUUUGAUGCCUGAACCAGACCAGUGUUCUUGGAAUUCGAUGGUGUCUGGUUUUGCUCAGCAUGAUCGUUUUGAAGAAGCUAUUGAAUGUUUUGUUCAGAUGCACAGAGAGGAUUUUGUAUUGAAUGAGUACUCUUACUCUAGUGCUUUAAGUGCCUGUGCAGGAUUAACCAACUUAAAUACAGGAACCCAAGUGCAUGGUUCGAUUGUCAAAUCACCGUAUUCAUCAGAUGUUUACAUGGGUUCAGCUCUGAUUGAUAUGUACUCUAAAUGUGGAAAUGUUUUUGGGGCUCAAAAAGCAUUUGAUGGAAUGGUUAUGAGAAAUAUAGUUUCUUGGAACAGUCUGAUAACAUGUUAUGAGCAGAAUGGUCCUGCUGAUGAAGCUCUAGUGCUUUUUGUGAAGAUGAUGGAAUUUGGAUUUGUGCCGGAUGAAGUUACAGUCGCUAGUGUAGUUAGUGCAUGCGCAACGUUGACGGCCAUAAAAGAGGGUCAGCAAAUUCAUGCUCGCGUCUUUAAAUGUGACAUGUUUAGGGAUGAUCUUGUAUUAAACAACGCGCUGGUUGAUAUGUAUGCUAAGUGUGGUAGAAUUGGAGAAGCUAGAUGGGUUUUUGAUAACAUGCCUACUCGAAAUGUUGUUUCUGAGACAUCCAUGGUUAGUGGAUAUGCGAAAACUGUUAGCGUUAAAGCUGCAAGGUUGAUGUUUAUGAAGAUGACAGAGAAGAAUAUAGUUUCAUGGAACGCAUUAAUUGCAGGUUACACGCAGAAUGAAGAGAACGAAGAAGCACUGAAACUAUUUUGUCUUUUGAAGAAAGAGUCCUUACGACCAACCCACUACACAUUUGGAAACGUUCUCAACGCGUGCGCCAACUUAGCUAAUCUGAAGCUAGGCAUGCAGGCUCACACUCAUGUUCUGAAACAUGGCUUCAGGUUUGAAUCAGGACCAGAAUCAGAUAUCUUUGUGGGGAAUUCGCUUGUGGAUAUGUAUACAAAAUGUGGAUCAGUUGAGGAAGGGCGUCGAGUAUUUGAAAACAUGGUGGAUAGGGAUAGGGUUUCAUGGAAUGCAAUGAUUGUUGGUUACGCACAAAACGGGGAUGGAAAUGAAGCUUUAGUGCUUUUCAAGAGAAUGUUAUUGUCUGGAGAAAAACCAGAUCAUGUCACAAUGAUUGGAGUACUAUGCGCAUGCAGUCAUACUGGGUUAGUUGAAGAAGGACGCAAGUAUUUUCAUUCUAUGUCAAAAGAGCAUGAUUUGGUACCAUCGAAGGAUCAUUAUACUUGUAUGGUUGAUCUACUGGGUCGAGCUGGUUUCCUCGAUGAAGCAAGGGAACUGAUAGAAUCUAUGCCACUUGAGGCUGAUGCUGUUAUUUGGGGUUCGUUGUUAUGUGCUUGUAAAGUUCAUCGUAAUAUUGAGAUCGGUGAGUGGGUGGCAGACAAAUUAUUACAGCUCGAUCCAAAUAACUCUGGUCCUUACGUUCUCCUCUCGAAUAUGAAUGCUGAGGUUGGAAGAUGGGCAGAAGUUGGGAGACUCAGAAAAUUGAUGAAACGAAGGGGAGUUGUUAAGCAGCCUGGGGAAAGUUGGAUCGACAUAAAUAACCAACCUCAUGUUUUCAUGGUUAAAGAUAAAAGGCAUCCUCUUAAGAAAGAGAUUUAUACGCUAUUGAAAAUACUUACUGCACAGAUGAGGCAAGCUGGGUACUCUAAUCUGGAUGAAGGGAUAUGCUCUAGUUCUUCAGAGGUAAACGAGAUUGGUGAUGAAUCGUGCAAUCUGAAAGGUGAACUGGAGAUUGCCGCUUUCGGAUUUUCUUGGAAGGUUGGGUACAUAUCACUGGUACCUACAUGCCUGCUUACUUGCACAUAUCCAGUUAUAAGUUCAUCUAGAGGCGUGCAAAUGUGGCAGUUGUAUCUUUUGAAGCAAUUCAAUUAGAGCGCCCUAGAGGUAUGAUGAAUUCUUCAGGGGAGUUGUUGGAAUCUCACUGGCCUUCUA